AUGGCGAGAAGACCACUCACGUCUCGGCCCUUGGACUUGGCAUAUUUCUCAUUCUUCCUCAUGCACACGUUUGCGACGGUCGUUGUUGACCUCCAAGCGAUCUACCCUCCACACCUCAUCCCGAGUGCCAUGAAGGGCGUUGUCGACUAUUAUCUAACGACGUACAACGACCCGCUCAUCGGCGGCGUCAUGGGUUUCUUCGGGCCUGCGAAGGCGGACUCGUUUAACUGGUUCGAGACAUUCGUCAUCAUGGAAGCGUUCUUUCAGCUCCCGUCUUCCUCCUGGGCAUGCGAGGGCUUUACAAAGGUACACAGCCGAACGAUCUAUGUUCUCCUUCUCGUAUACGCCGCCUCCGCAACAACGACCACGCUCCCCUGUCUCACCACCAUACUCGCUACGCCUGUUACUCCUGUUCCUUCCGCCGACCCGAGCAGCAUCAGCGUAACUCCCGCGCAGCGUCUCAGCCUUCUGACGAGUUACGUUCCCUUCCUCGUUGUCCCAUUGCUCAUGACAAUCGACAUGGGCUUCCGCGUACUCAGCAUGGUACGGGUCGCCAGCUCAACGGCUGAAAGGGAGAAGAGGAAGUAG